ACAAAAAAGAUUUGUCCUUGCCUCAUUAAAAAAUACCAAAAUGACAAUGGACAAACAGGUGAUGGACAGAGAUGCUGAAAGUGCUGAGCAAACGCAUGUCGAUGGACUUAAAGAGGUCACAGAAAGACCAAAGUGGGACAAUAAAGUUCAAUACUUGCUAACCUGCAUAGGUUUUGCUGUGGGACUUGGUAACGUGUGGAGAUUUCCAUAUUUGUGUCAAGUCUAUGGUGGAGGGGCAUUUCUGAUUCCAUAUCUAAUUGCUUUGGUGUUUGAGGGACUUCCUCUGCUGCACAUGGAACUGGCCAUCGGACAGCGGCUCCGCAUGGGAAGUGUUGGCGUGUGGAAUUCCAUCUCCCCAUAUAUGGGAGGUUUAGGUGUGGCUUCCAUGGCAGUAUCCUUCCUAGUUGGUCUGUUUUACAACAUGAUCUUGGCCUGGAUCCUCUGGUACUUCUUCCACUCCUUUCAAAGUCCACUUCCCUGGAGGGACUGCCCAUUAAACUUGAAUCAUACUGGCUAUGUAAGUGAAUGUGAAAAGAGCUCAGCAGUGAACUAUUUUUGGUAUCGGGAAACACUGAAUGUAACACCAAACAUCGCGACCAGUGGGUCCUUGCAGUGGUGGCUCGUGCUGUGUCUUGCAACUGCUUGGUGCCUCGUGUACAUCUGCUUCAUACGUGGAAUUGAGACUAUUGGAAAGGCUAUUUAUAUCACAGCCACCUUUCCGUAUCUUGUUUUGACCAUCUUCUUGGUCAGAGCCUUGACUCUGUCUGGGGCCACCGAUGGCUUAAUAUACCUCUUCACGCCAAAUUGGGAAACCCUGAAAAAUCCAGAGGUCUGGUUGGAUGCUGCCACUCAAAUCUUUUUCUCUUUGUCUUUGGCCUUUGGGGGACUUAUUGCUUUUUCCAGUUAUAAUGCUCAGAAGAAUAAUUGUGAGAGAGAUGCCCUGAUUGUUGGAUGUGUGAACAGUUUUACAUCAAUAUAUGCGUCGAUUCCUAUUUUUGCCAUUCUUGGUUUUAAAGCAAAUGAAAACUACAAUGCCUGCAGAAAUUGGAACAUACUAAGAUUGACAAAUGCAUUUAACAUUGCGGAUGAAAACAUAACUCUUGAAAACUACGGUGACUGGUUAAACUAUUUCAAUACAACUGAUCCCUCAGAGGUUGACAACCUCAAUCUAAAGACCUGUGAUCUACAGACCUUUCUCGACCAGAGUGCCUCUGGAACCGGACUGGCCUUCAUUGUGUUUACUGAAGCGGUGAUAAACAUGCCAGGCUCUCAGGUGUGGGCGGUGCUCUUCUUUGUCAUGCUCUUCAGCUUGGGUCUGUCCUCCAUGUUUGGAAAUCUAGAGGGGGUCCUUACCCCUCUGCUGGACCUGCACAUGGUUCCAUCCUGGAUGCCUAAGGAAAUUUUCACAGGGUUAAUUUGCCUCAGCUCCUUUACUGUGGCCCUCAUCUUUACUUUGGGCUCUGGAAACUACUGGCUGGAGAUUUUCAACAGCUACGUGGGAUCCAUGCCUCUGCUCAUCAUAGCAUUCUUUGAGAUCAUUAGUGUGGUAUACAUCUAUGGAAUAAACAGGUUCAAUGAUGACAUUGAAUGGAUGUCAGGUCGGAGACCAAACUUCUACUGGCAGGUGACUUGGCGCUUCAUCAGUCCUUUCAUGCUUCUGGUGGUUUUUGUUGCAUACGUUGUAGUUGAGGCUGAAAAAGAACCAACAUAUAACGCCUGGAACCCAGAUUACGUGAACUUCCCCCUUGCUGAUGUUCAGCCAUAUCCAGAAUGGGUUUAUGUUAUCUGUGUGCUCUUAUCUGUCCUUCCUGUUGUCUCCAUUCCUAUUGUGGCUAUCUACAAAUUCACGGGCUUCCUGAAGAAGUACAUCACAAACAGGCACAGCCAAAACCCAUAUGCAAAUGACCUGUAAAUGAAAAUGUGUUGCUGUUUUAUCUGAUUGGUGGUCAGGACUACCAAUGGUACAUGUGAGGGAUUUUGUCACUUAAUAUAUUCUUACAGUGUAUAUCCAUUUUUACUGAUUAUUUUCACAUUGUUUUCUAUCUUUUGUAUGGUAUGGUAUUGCUCCUAAUUAUAUUACAGCUUAAAUAAAAUUAUCAUUAAUAUAGCAUAUUGGCAGUACUACAAUUGCUAUACUAAAACAUUAAUUUUGUCUUAAUUUACACAAGUGUAUUUAUAUCGGUGAAGGAAAUGCAAACAGAUGAAAUCAAUGCAGCACAAUUUCCCUGAGAAAAAUAUUAACAAUAGGCUAGAACUGAAUAUGAGGUUUGUGUUAAUAUUUGAUUAAAGGAAGACAACAGUUAAUUUCCUGUGUUGGUGUUUUGAAUGGGGGCAAAGAAAGUGAUGGAUAACUUUUCUGAAUGGUUUGUGAUAUGCGCAUUAUUAAUUCUCGAAAUAAAUAUCACAGUGAUUACAAAUGUG